CUUGCCAUUCGCUUGUGGAUACUCCACUGACUUGUGUUGAAGCGCUCGGAGGAACAUGGCUUUUCUAUCCUUUAUGGCUUUCGGGACAGGCUAAUCUAACAGGUCAAGAUUACCGUAUACGAAACGUGUAACGAGGACAGCUGUCUGUUGGUCUUCUCGGUUUUGGGUGUUAAGAUGUGUUAUGAAACAGCACUUGCCUAGGUUGGGUUGGCUUUUGUAAGGAGAAAGAGUAAUUACUGAGUAGACUACACAGCUGUCGGUAUCUCAGUCUAGUCUCUGAGGAGGGGAACCUGAGCUUUAAAUUGCCUACAACUACAGCUGUCAGGACAAAGCUACUACCAGCAUUUUUGUUGUCCCACGCCAGCUAUUACCUGACCUGGGAUGGGACAACAGCGAUGUUGUUUAACAGGACAACUUUUGAGAAGGUUAGGCCUACCUUCCUAAGAGGUUUACCUACCUAAGAGUGAAUGUGCUUUCUGUCUGUCAACUUCCUAGUUGCAGAGUGGCCACAGCACAGAAGUUUACUGAGCAAGCCAAGUGAGAUUGCUUGGACCAGGGGGAAAUGGAGUCUAAGACUGUCCUGGUGACUGGAGGUGCGGGCUUCAUUGGGUCUCACCUAAUCCUGUCUUUAAGAACGAAGUACCCCAACUGGAAGAUCAUCAACCUGGAUAAACUGGAAUACCCUUCGAGUCUAUGCAAUCUGAAGCUGACUAACCUGGUCAGGAACUACAGGUUUAUUGAGGGGGAUAUAUGUGACCAGCACUUCAUCAACUGUCUCUUUGCUACUGAGAAUAUUGACAUAGUCUUCCAUUUUGCUGCUGAAACUCAUGUAGACAACUCGUUCCUCUUUCCAUCUAAGUUCAUGGCCGUCAACGCAGAGGGCACUCGCGUGUUGCUGUCCGCUGCUCUUGAAACUGGAAUCGAGAGGUUCAUCUAUGUGAGCACAGACGAGGUGUACGGAGCCAGCAGUGAGGAGGACUUUGACGAAUCAUGUCUCCAUAGACCAACAAAUCCUUAUGCUGUGUCCAAAGCCACAGCUGAAAACAUUGUGAUGUCCUUUUGGGAAAAGCACAAGUUACCAAUCGUCAUAACAAGGAGCAACAAUGUAUACGGACCACGACAACAUUAUGAAAAGAUCAUUCCAAGGUUCAUAUCUCUGCUUUCUAAGGAUGAAAAAUGCACAAUUCAGGGUUCGGGCCUCCAGUCACGUCACUUCCUGUUUGUGGAUGAUGCCAUGGAUGCCUUCCUGGUUGUCAUGGAGCAGGGCAUUGUGGGAGAGAUCUACAACAUCGGGACCAAUUUCGAGAUCACAGUCAUCCAACUGGCCAGAGAGCUAGUGAGGAUGAUGAAACAUGUUCCAGAGGAUGAGCUUGAUGAUUGGCUGUUGUAUGUUAAAGACAGGCCCAUCAAUGACCUGAGGUAUCCGAUUAAUUCCAACAAGCUGUGUAAACUUGGCUGGAAGCCCAAGGUGUCAUGGAGUGAGGGGAUUCGAAGAACGGUCCAGUGGUAUGAGGACAACCCAGAUGUGUGGCCAAUAACCCAGAGCUUUCAGACAACACAACUGGAUUCAUCCUCUACCUGCGCAUUGGAAGUCAAGACACUCUAGGACCAUAUACAGUUCAGGCUUAUUGAUAUUCUGAAAUGAAUUUGACGAUGAAUGUCCCUUUGUGUCUGUGAAGAAUGUAAUAUACAGAAAUGUCACUUUAUUUUCUUAAGUAUUGUAGCAUGAUUAUACUUAAUGAAGGUGUUGCUACAGGGGGUUGACAACUGUUCAGAUAUGCUGUAUGCAAAAUGUCCAUAUUAUAUGCCUUAUUUUUCCUCAAUUAAGUACAUAAAUAAUAAAUGAAUGGUUAUUAACCAUCAACUGAUACAUUUUAUUGAUGUGCCUUUAUACUAAUGGGAGUUGGUGAGCUUUUUAUAAAUUUUGUAAACCAAGUUUUGUCUUAUUUUAUAGUACACGUUUAAAGAGAAUCGUAUGACCUCAUUAGUUUUAAUUAAACUGCUGUCUUAAUAGUGUUCAUAUGUG